AUGAUUGACCAGGUUGCUGGCAUUGACUACAGUUUAGUAGGAGCUCCCCAGGUGACCUCCCAAGGCCUGGACACGCCCUUCAGGGGUGAAUUCUUUGGCCGAAGCCAGCACUCCCCAGUCCCCUUUGAUGCUCCUCCCAUCAGGCUGCCCCAGCAGCAUGACCACAUGGCCUACUUUGCAGUGUCCCAAUAUGUCUUCAACACGGCCAGCCGGGUUUACCACCAGGCUGGGCACAUGAACUUCACCAUCCGAAAUGAGGACGUACAGAACCUAACCGAGUUUCUCAGCGACCACUCAGCUAAAGAAUGGUGGAACCCAAGCUGUCUGGCCUCUGAGACCACGACUUUCAUCACCACGAUGUCCUGCUUCUUAAGCAACUCCCUGUUUCUUCUGCUGCAGAGUCCCCUGGACUUUCCAACUCACUUGCACACCAAAUCACUAGGGGCUGUGAUUCCUCAGCUGGCCAGGUUGUACCCCAAUACAGAGCUAGAACUUGAGAUGUCACCUGAAUCAGCUCCAUUCUUGAUGUUCACCCCUGGAAAUGUUACCUGCAUGCCAGUGAUGAACAUCCAGGCAUUCGCCCUCCUGCCCAACUCUUCUAACCGCAAGCCACUCUUCCAACUCAGGGCGCUGAAAGACUAG